AUGGCUCUUUUCUCAGGACCGCCGGUCUCGAAGGAAGCUAUCUUCAGCAUAGACCGUGUCAAGUUAUACGCUGAGACGGUUGGUCUGGCUGGUACAAGCGGCGAAGAUAAGCUGACCCCUCAUGCAUAUAAAUUGCUAUCGGAGGAGCUAACCGAAAUAAUGAAGAAAAUCAUCAUCGACGCAAAGAAAUAUGCAACACAUGCGCGUCGACGGUGCGUUAGACUGGAAGAUAUCGAGCGAGCCUGCCGUGAUCGGAAUUUCCAGGCUCCUUUGGGCAAUGCUCUAUCCGAUACUCGCCAUCUGAAGCGUCAUAACUCGUCAUCGACUGGUCCCUUCUACGGGUGGGACGAUGCAGAAAUCGACAUCACGAGCUACCUAAAUCGUCCGCUCAUCAAAUUCCCGGCCCCAAUGCGGAUCCGGUGUCAUUGGCUUGCGUAUGAGGGAGUUGUGCAGCCGGUGCCAGAGAAUAUUGUCCCUUACAGGGAAGAUGCCGCCGAAACGGAGGAUGAAGAAGCCGCGGCGGGAAAGCUGGUUGCUCGACGAGAUACCGCCAAAAUUAUCCCGAAGUCCAGCGCCACCUUCCAAUUUCGCGAUGUACAGCGAGGCAUCAAAUGCCAAGAGGUCGUUGCUGUGCGGCCAUUACCUCCGGCUAUGCUGUCAGUGGAGAAACAAGCUUACCUGAAAAGCGUGAUGGAAGCCUGCGUUGGAGCGCAUGACCCGCUCCGCGUAUCUGCCCUUCACUCGCUUGAAACGGAUACCGGACUGCAAGACGGAUUGCCGAUCUUGGCAAAUAUAAUCCAGAACGGGAUAAAAGCCAAUGUCGUUCAUCGCUGCCUGUCGCUGCUGAUUUACCUAGUCCGCGUCAUCCGUUCGCUGGCAAUGAACAAGAGCCUAUCGCUGGACCCUGUGCUUCAUCAAUUCCUUCCAUCGCUGCUGACUUGCUGCAUCAGCAGCUCACUUUGUGGCCGCCCGGAAUCGGACAACCAUUGGGCAUUACGAGACUUUGCCUCGAAGACGUUAGUGAUAGUUGUCAACUCACAUCUAAAGACUAUCCCUACCGUUCGGGACCGCGUGGUCCAGGUGUUGCGCAAGACUUUUAUUGAUAGCGAAAGCUCGGAUGCGAUGAUCUACGGGAGCGUAUUGCCUUUGUGUGAUUUGACGACUGCUACGGAGAAAGCCGAUCUUAUCGCCCGCUUUGAUGAGCUUAUGGAUAACUGCCGUCGGAUCUGCCCACCGGAAGUCCAACCGCACGAUCUCCAAACAUUAGAGGCUUCUAAACUUCUUGCUGUGCUUUCGGCUAUGGACGGAGAGUCUAAGCCCAGCAGCCUGGCGAGCACUUCUCAUGCUGCUGGCGCUCUCACCUACGACCGCGAUUGGGUGGCAUCUGUGGCGACGAACAUUCAACCGACCGGAGAUGGGCUUGAGCAACUCAGCCGCGAACUUGCCGCCGAUUGCGUCAAUAGCCGUCUAAUUCGUCUUAUCUCUAUGGCGAAACGCUUUGCCAUCCAUGCUCGACGCUCGACGUUGAUCCCCGAAGACAUAGCAUUGGCUCGAAGCUACUUCGGAGAGCAGCUCUUCUGGAAUUCGCCUGGCAAGAAGGGAGCCUCUUUUCUGACCUCUCCACAAAAAGAAGACCGCGCCAAUGAUGCCAACAAGAUGACGAACGCACAACUCAGCACACAAUCGCACUUGUUUGAUCGAGCUUUCUACGAGUUGCUGGUUCGGAACGUGAUGGGCGAUGAUGACGCUACGAGAGAGUUGGUCGAACUGAUGCCGCCCAUCCUCAGCUGUAUUUUGGCGAAAAAGCUAUCCGACGAUCCUACCAGCGAUGAGCACUGGGCCCUGCGACGGUUUAGCGCGCAGAUUGUCGCCAUAUUAUUCAAACAUUACGAUGUGGCCGAUUUUCACUCAAGAACGAUCAAGGCUUUGGCCGAGCCAUGGGAAGAAAAUGCGAAUGCGGCAUUGCCCACUCUAUAUGGCUCGUUGUAUACGUUGACGAGGCUGGGAAUUCGGGUCAUGUACGAACUAUGCUCACCUCAUCUCGCUUCUGUCUACGACCGUCUGAAGCCUCUGCUCGAGUCACCGAGCUAUCGGCCCGAAACUGACGAGGCUCAAGUCUUGCUGAAGAUGAUCUAUACAGUAUUUGCCGAAUGGGUAAUCGAGACUCGGCCGCCCAAGCUAUGUUCACUAGACGAUUUUGAGCAGCAUUUCGGCGAGCAGCUUGGCUACGAGAUUCACCGGCAUUCGUUGGAUCAGGCGGUUUUGUUGGGUGUUCAGACCCGGAACCUAAACAUGCAACGCGCCGCGACAAGCCGCGCCAACCGUGCCGCA